GCCAGCAGGCAGGGGACUGAGAGAGGACAGAGAGACUGAGGAGGGACUACUGAGGGACUGAGGAGAGGAGGACAGCUAGGAGCCAGCAGGACAGACUGAAGGAGGACAGCAGCAGCAGCUCCGUCUGCUCCUUGAUGGUUGGAUCAUGUGAAGAGUCUGUUCCGUUAUCAACAUGAAGCCGGAGAGCCCGAGGAGAUAAUACCGAGGAGGAGCAGAGCUGCACAGAGAGGUUUGCUGAGGAACAUCAACAUGUACUGUCCAACACUGACCAACAAGAAGAAGCUCUUGUAGCUGGAGGAGGACUGCCUGCCCUAACGUCUCCUCCUCAUCCUCCUCCUCUUCCUCCUGACCCUCCCGGGACCAAUGACCGGACCCAACUCCCCGAGCCGGACCGGCACCUCCCCGGCCAAGCUGAGCAGGCACGGCCGGUCCAAGAGCAGCAGCUCGCACUGCCUCCUCCGCUGCAGCACCCGGGAGGAGUCCUCCGCCUCGCCCCCCAACAACACCCCCCGGUCCCCUGGAGAGGAGGAGGAGAAGGACGGAGGGGUUCUCUUCUACGUUAACAGGACUGGCUUUCCCAUCGACAGCAGCACCUGGGACAGGAUGUGGUCCCACGUGGCUGCUGUGCAUCCUGAGGGCCAGGAGAUGGUGGACAGGAUACGAAACGCUGCAUACCUUCCCAAGCAUCAUGUCCCCUCAGUCCCGACCUUCAGACCGUCCAUGUCCGUCCCAGACUGGCUGGUGGCCAUCCAGAACUACAUGAAGGCUCUGCAAUACAACCACACAGGAACCCAGUUCUUUGAGGUGAAGAAGAGCCGGCCACUCUGCGGGUUAAUGGAGACAGCCAGGGAGAUGAUCAGAGAGUCUUUGCCAAUCAAAUGUCUUGAAGCCGUCAUCCUGGGAAUCUACCUGACCAACGGGCUGACGUCUCUCGAGCGCUUCCCCAUCAGCUUUAAGACCCAGUUUUCAGGUCACUGCUUCCACCACGUCGUGCUGGGCGUCUACUGCAACGGCCGCUACGGGUCGCUCGGCAUGAGCCGCCGCCAGGACCUGAUGGACAAACCGCUGACGCACCGCACGCUGGGAGAACUGGUGGCCGAGUUCGAGAGCUCCUACAAGAGAUACCAGCACACUCUGAAGAAGGUGAAGAUCGGCCUGUACGUGCCUCACGACCCCCACGUCUUCCAGCCAAUCGAGUGGAAGCAUUUGGUGCUGAAUGCUGCCCGACUGGGACCUCAGGAGAUGAGGAAGGAGCUGGAGAAACACGGCCGGGACAUGAGGAUGAAGAUCCUGAAGUCGUCCAGCGCCCAGUCACCAAUCAAGGAGCGGAGCCGGGGGAAAUCCUUAUCACCACGGCGACGGCAGGGAAGUCCCCAGCGACGCCUCGCACACCGCAGAGACAAAUCGCCGGCCUCGGUGGAGAGGAAACCUCCGGAGCUCAGCACUCUCAGCGACGGCUACCAGAUCCGCAUCUGAUCCCCUCCCAGUCAUCCCACAUCCGUCCAGCCUUCUCAGCCCUCCUGAUCCUGAAGAGUCUCAACCUGCCGCCAACGUCUGCAGCUGGAGGACACAGCUGGAUCAUCAACACACUAAAACAUGUUACGAGCCCUUCAGAGCUGGAACAGGAAGAACUUGUUCAAGUGGUUUAAUAGUUCACGGUGGACGCUGUUUACCUGUUCAGUAGCAGUGACUCCUCCUCAUCAUCAUCAUCAUCAUCAUCAUCAUCAUCAUCAUCAUCAUCAUCAUCAUCAUCAUCAUCAUCAUCACUCACCUGGGUGUAGCUGCUCCUUCUCUCAUCCUCUGACGGAGGAUGAGCUCAGAAGAAGUGAUCAAUCAAUCAAUGUGUUUGUAGAUUUACAACAUUUUAAAUCAAUAAGAAACAGCGGAGCGGUCGUGUCCUGACCUCAGAUCCAGAUGUUAAACAGCGUCACGACUAACAGAUGUGAGCUUCUCUCUGCACUGAACACGACUAUAAGUACUUCACUUUA